AUGCGUGUGCAGCAAGUAAUCGUGGCGACAUGCUCGCUGAUUGCCACGGCCUCGGCCCAGACCAUCGUCGUCGACGGCCAGACAGUUCAGGCGGACGAAUCCAACGUCAAGCCUGCUGUUGAGACGGUAUCUGGCUACGAGGGCUUCGAGAGCAAGCAGCUCACCGAGGCUGCCUUGGCCAACCUCACCGACCUGCAGCUGAGCAAUGUUUCGCUCUUCUACUUCGACGAUGAGGUCAACAGCGCCGAGAAGAGAGCUCUGUAUGAGCCCAAGUGCAAGGUCCUGCCCGGCGAUGCUGCUUGGCCUAGCAAUACGCUCUGGAAGAUCUUUGACAUUCUCACCGGCGGCGCCCUGAUCAAGACCGUGCCUCUCGGUGCGGCCUGCUACCAGGGCGAGCACUAUGAUUCCGCCAAGUGUACCUAUCUGUUGAACAACUGGAAUCGCUCUUAUGCUCAUGUUGAUGACCCUACUUCGGUCAUGUCUCCCCUCUAUGAGAACGCCACCUGCCAGCCUGCUGAUGCUGCUCGUGGAAAGGAGUGCACCAUCGGCGGAUACUCCGAGUACUCGGUCAACAUCAGCUCCGUCUCCCAGAUUCAGCUGGGCAUCAACUUUGCUCGCGCGCUUAACCUUCGUCUUGUUGUUCACAACACUGGCCAUGACUUCCUCGGCAAGAACACGGGACGGGGUGCUCUGUCUCUCUGGACCCAUCACCUGCGUGACAUCAAGCUCAUCAAGAACUACAAGGCGGCUGGUGGCCGCUACACCGGGCCUGCUUUCAAGCUGGGUGCUGGUGUCAUGGUCUACGAGUUGUACGAGGCUGCUGAGCGUGAGGGAUACCUCGCCGUUGGUGGCGAGUGCCGUACUGUGGGUGUCUCCGGUGGUUACCUCGCCGGCGGUGGUCACUCUCCCGUCUCCUCCAUUCACGGUCUCGGCUCCGACCAGGUUCUCAGCGUCGAGCUCGUCACUCCCGAUGGACGUUUCAUUACUGCUGAUGAGACUCAGAACUCGGACCUGUUCUGGGCCAUCCGCGGUGGUGGUGGCGCCACCUGGGGCGUCGUCACCUCCAUGACCGUCAAGGUCCAUGAGAAGAAGGUUAUGUCCGGCAUGACCUGGGACACCACCACCGUCGCCAUGAACAUCACUGACGACCAGUUCUGGCGCGCCAUCGAGGCCUACUGGUCCCGCUACUCCGAGUACCUCGAGGCCAACAGCUACGGAUACUGCCGCAUGUCAAAGAUCGCCACCGGUGGCUACGCCUGGCGCGCCCUCCCCUGGAUGAUCCCCGGUAUGAAGCUCGUCGACUUCAAGAAGCUCGUCCAACCUCUCCUCGACGAGUGGGCCGCCAUCGGCGUUGACCCCAACCCCAAGUUCUUCGAGCACGAGAGCUUCUAUGACGCCUGGACCAACCACUUCCCCAUUGAGAGGACCGGUAACCCCUACGCCCGUACCGCCAACCGCCUUCUGCCCCGCGAGAACUGGGAGGAACCCGAGAUCCGCAACAAGACCAUCCAGACCAUCCGCUCCGUCGUCGAGGAGGGCGCUUUCCUGGUCCACUACAACAUGAAGGCCGACGUGCAGCCAAACACGGCCGACAGUGCUGCCAACCCUGCCUGGCGCGAUCUGAUGAUGUUCACCAUCAUCGGCGUCACCUGGGACGAGAACACUACCCAGGACCAGGUCGACGUUCUCAACGACAAGCUCACCAACGAUCUCAACAAGCGCAUCAUUGAUGUCAGCCCCAACGGUGGAGGUUACCUCAACGAGGGUGAUGUCAUGGACCCUGAGUUCCAGAAGACCUUCUACGGAGACCACUACGAGCGUCUGCUCCAGAUCAAGAAGAAGGUCGACCCUCGGGAUGUGUUCUGGGCCCCUACCGCUGUCGGCAGUGAGGGGUGGUACAUCACUGACCAGAACAAGUAUGUCACCAAGCAGACUGGCCGUCUUUGCCCUCGCCAGUGA